AUGUGUAUAUCUUUGUUAUACUUAGUAACACAAGUAUUAACUGAUGACAUAAACGUUCUUAUUUUCAAAGAGUUAUUUCCUGAAUAUAAAGUGGUUGACAGUGCGAGUUAUGAUGAUGGAACUAUAUUAUUACGUGUCACGAGACCUAAUAGUGGUUGUAAUUCUCAAGGAGUAAAUUUAAGAUUGAUUCAUCCGAAUGGAUCAAUUUCUUCUAUUAACUUGAACGUAUCAAUACCUGAUCUAAAUUAUUGUUCGAUAACUGGAAACGCGUUCACUAAGAAACCUGAAAUCAAUAACUCAGGUACUUCAACAUCGAGUACAUUGGAUACCACUAAUAAAACUUCGGAUGCCAUAAGGAUUUAUGCAAUAAUAGAUCAAUACAUACUUGUAACUUAUUUCUGUAAGUUGCCUGACUCUUUUGAUAUUUGUGGUCUCGUGUUGACCUGGGAUUCUCGUAUUCUUAGUAACAUGAAUUUUGGGGAUAUGUGUACAGAUAGUGAAUUUGUUCGGAAUAUAAAUACAAUAGAUGGUAAUUUUUUACGAGUAUGCUAUAUCUCUGACGCUCAAAAAGUUAUUUGGACUAAAUAUUCUUCACCCGAUGUGACCACGGGUACGAUUAAUGUUAUUUCAAAUGGAACAUUGAAUAACAUCUCUCGUUUUAAUCGUGACAUCUCUAAAAUUUUUCCAACUGAAGACGGGGGAUACGCUCAAGGAACGGAUACAAAAGGGCCAUUUCAGAUAUAUACAAGAUCAAUUGAUAUUAUGUUAACCAUCAGAAUAGUUAGUUGUCACAUUUCCUAUGUUUCUCUUGGAUAUAGCUGCUUGAUACAUAUAAAUCAAGCUUCAAAUCUUAUUCUUGUUGAUGUAGACUUUUUGUCUUCUGGAUCAGUAAUGAACACUCACGAAUUUGUCAUUGAUCCAAUCAUAUCGAAUGUAUGGAGUGCACUGCCUUUGUAUUAUGGUGGAAAUUGCAUAAUAGCUACAAAUACGACUGAUGGAUCUGUUACUGGCGUCGUAUAUAGUGAUGAUGGUAAGCUUCACGGUCCGUGGGGAUUACCAAAAAAUUAUUUUUAUACUUAUUCUGUCGGCGUAUUUCCUAACAAUACGGUGUGGGCGAUUGCUACAAAUUCUGAUGGAUGGUCGGUGGUUUCUUCUUCUAAUUUAACAACAUAUAGCACAAUUCAGGGAAGUUCUGUCGGUCUUGCUAGUUAUAGGAAUGCAUUGGUUCAAACCACUUUUCCAGUAAUAAAUUCAAAAAUAUCUCCCACAAAUAUCACAACAGUUACUAUAACAUUUCUUAAUGAUGUUAAAAUGUCAGAUGGGAACAUUAGCAUAUGGGAAUUCGGUGGAUUUUUCAGUAUUCUUCGUCAAUCGUUCUCUGGAAAUCAAUCGCAAUAUGUUCAAUUAUUUAGUAACAAGACUGUAGUUGCUACGGUGUUGUCUAGUACAUUUAACAGAGAGAAUUCUACAUAUUAUAUUACGAUUGACAAUGGAUUCGUUAAAGAUGCUAAAGUUGAUCAACAACUUUUGGAUUUUUCCUUGGAGAAUAACAAGGACGAUGAUUACGCUAGUGCCAUAGUUCGAUUUACUCCGGAAGGAUCAACUUUUUACGAAAAUCUCUCAUCACAAGAUCAAUCCAAAUUUUCUAUAGAGUUUUCUAGGCAAUUAGCGAGCAUAAUCCCAUGUGAUCCGGAAAGAAUAUCUACAACUAAAAAAUAUCAAUACGAUAGAAGUGUUUCAAUAGGACAAAUCUUAUUUCGCGUAUAUAUUGGUAGACCUACAAGUUCAUCUGAAGCCAAUUCUGCUAAAAUAAUACAAGAUAUGGAUACUUUGAUUAGAAAUAAAGCCGUCACACAGAUUUCAAAAGAGUCGAAUACUUUUUAUUUAGACUCUUCCUUUGGAAGUUUCAGAGCUCGAGAACAAUCUAUAAAUAAUAUUUUUGCCAAAUGGUGGCAACAAUAUUCAAAAACUGCAUUAGUAUUUAUAUUAAUCUCUGGAUUAGAUUCAGAUAUCUUAAAUUUUAUGGCAUCAAAAGUUGCUGGAAUUACGGCAUUUAGUGCACCUUUCCUAUGGAAAACAAGAAAAAUUGUUUGUUUUUGGAAUUUGUUUAUUUUGAUUAUUGAAGAUAUAUCACAAUUUAUAAUUUUGAUUUUAUACCAACAUUAUACAGUACUACCAGAAAUUGUUCCGAUUUUAGUAUUAGCAUCAUACGAUAUUUUGUCAGAACCCACAAAUUUACACCAUGUUAAACGUGGUAUACGAACUAAUGGUGAAGAAAUUGUUGUCGAUAAUGAUGAUGAUGAAAUAAGAAAACGUGGUUCAUCACCUGAAACAGAAAUAUCUGAAAGUGUAAUGUUGGCUACUAAUUCAGUGGGUGAACCAGUAUUCUCAUUAAGAAAUCCUGAAGAAUAUAGAGGACCGGAGGUUGUACAACGUUCAUUAAAAGGCAAACUUGUUGAAGACUCUAUAAUUAAUAUUGAAGAUAGUUUAUUUGAAGACAUGAGUAGUAAUGACGCGGGUGGAAGUGGAUUAAUAGGGGAUGUAUAUGGCGGAAUAUAUGGAGAUGGUGGAAGGAAUAGUAGUUCAUCGAAACGAUUAAGUAAUAUAGGAGUUAUUGGAAAUACUGAUGAAUUAUCAUUUGAAGAAAAUGCUACAACAUUUUCGGAAUUUGAUUUAGAAGAAAAUAUAGCAGCAUUUUCAGAAUUUGAUUUUGGAGGAAUUUAUCCACAAACAGGUAUAAAUAUCGGAAUUGAAUCAGAAUUAUUGACGACAACAUCAAGUUUUACGUUUGAUACUUUUCAAAGAAGUAGAGCUUUGGAGAUGGAUAGUACAACCGUGAGAUCAUCUCAAACUAUUAAUACGCAGAUAGGGAGCAGUGAAGAUAAUCAAGAAAGAGAUGAGUAA